AUGCCAGUGACAAGUGAAGACGGCGAGUCUGAACCUGCUGUGAGACGGCAGCCGCCAAGUCCAACUAGGCGGAGGUUACCAAGGGCAGAAGUCGAAGAAGGAGAGAGUGAGGGUGGAAUAGAUGAGGAGUCAAUAGCUGGAAGUGCCACUCCAGCUGCUGGUGGUAUCAGUCAGGCAGCGUUUAGUCCGAAGUUCUUCGUAACAGAGAGGGAACUAGGGAGGGGAGGAACAGGAGUUGUUUUACUUGUUCGCCAUCUUCUUGAUGGUGUGUCGCUGGGCCAUUUCGCAUGCAAGCGUGUUCCAGUUGGUGAUAAUCAUAAAUGGCUUGAGAAGGUUCUCAUGGAAGUACAACUUCUACAGCAACUAUCACAUACUAAUCUGGUAUCCUAUCGCCAUGUUUGGCUCGAAAACGUCCAUCUCACAACUUUUGGACCGAGUGUUCCCUGUGCGUUCAUUCUGCAACAGUACUGCAAUUUCGGUGAUUUGCAUAAUUAUGUUCUAAGUGCUGCUAAACAAACCACGACGGAGCAAUUGAAGGACCAAAUGCGACGACGCUCCCGAGGAGAGCCAGAUCUAUCCUUAGGUCUCAACAAGCCGCGCAAACUCUCGUUUGAGCAGAUAAUAUCCUUCUUUCGCGAUAUUGCCUCCGGAUUGAACCAUUUGCAUUCAAAUGGGUUCAUUCAUCGAGAUCUCAAACCUUCAAAUUGUCUACUCAAUGACACUGGAGUCCCCGGUCAGGGGCUUAGGGUUCUAGUAAGUGAUUUUGGAGAGGUGCAAAUGGAGAGUGCAGCAAGAAAGUCAACAGGAGCCACAGGCACGAUAUCCUAUUGUGCCCCUGAAGUUUUGCGAAAAGUGACUCCUGAUGGCGGAUAUGAGAACUUUACGGCAAAAUCCGACAUUUUCUCUUUAGGAAUGAUCUUGUACUUCAUGUGCUUUGGUAACCUGCCUUACGUUGGCGCUGAUAUGAUGAACGAGGAGAACGAGAACCUGGACGCUUUGCGGGAGGAGAUCAUGGCAUGGCCAGGUCUUGAUGAACGAACAAGGCUCAGACCUGAUUUGCCUGAGAGACUCUAUCAGUCUUUGAUGACACUGAUUAGUCCGGACCCAAGUGUUCGGCCUACGGCAGAAGAAAUACUAUUGGGUAUCGAGAUGCAAGAAGGGACCCCCUUGGUAAGAAUUGAGUUCGCUCACCCUAAUUCUUAUUUGGGUUGUUGA